AUGACCGGCACCGGUAACGUCACAGAAAGCAGCACCAAACUCAAGCCCCUCCAUCCGGCAUACAAUGUUACGAACAUUAACAACAAAGUUAGAACGCUAGAUGGCACAAUGAUCACAUACUCAACUUGGGUUAAGUUGUUUCGGUUACAUGCUACGGCAUACAAGGCUAUGGAUCACAUCACCAAUUGGAUCUAUAGUACUGUCUYCGAUGAGAUCGUGGUUCGCCUCAUCGAGAACGACACCACAGCUAGGGAAACCUGGAUCAAGUUAAGGAACAUGUUCCUCAGCAACAAAAGCUCUCGCGCCGCAGCUCUUGAGCACGAGUUUACGAACUUAACGCUGGCGAAGUGCUCCUCCAUCGAUGAAUAUUGUCAAAAACUAAAGGAUCUUGCCGAACAACUUGAAGACGUGGAUAACCCGGUAAGUGAAACUCGUCUUGUUUUGCAGAUGGUUCGUGGCCUACCGACUGAAUAUGAGAUAGUGGCUACAUUCCUCAACCAAACCUCACCAUCAUGGGAUGAGGCUAGAAACCGCCUACAGCUAGAACAACAUCGACAAGCGGCCCUGAAAAACCCCGAACAAUCAGCUUUGGUAACUCCUCAACAAAACAACACCACUACACCUCACUACCAAACUCCCGCACCAAACUACCAACCCAACUCUCAGCCUCCGCAUGACCCCAAUCGCCAACAAUACUACCAUCAAGACACCAACAGAGGCCGCGGUCGCGGCCGUGGUUCAAACUGGCGCGGCGGUCGUGGUCGUGGGAAGGGCCGUGGCUCGGGACAGCGUCCACAAUGGUCGGGUCAGUGCUGGUACAAUGGACCCACUCCCUACAGUCAGUGGAACCCGCCCCCAUCUCCCUAUCCCUCACAGCCAUGGUAUGGGCCUCAUGCCCAAUUCGGUAACCUAGCUUCAGCCUAA